ACCGACCACUGGCAACACUGCCAUUGUGACGUCACGUAAAAUAGGCUGACGACAUCUUUUUAGACUUCGUAUUAAAAUGAUUUUCACUAGUUUUUCGUAGUGUUUCUACGUUUUAUUGUGUUUUUGAACAAUAAUAGACGCUAAAUUUCAUUAGUGUAGUGUAAAUUAAGCUCAGUGGAAUGGGCAUUUUUUAAUUUUUGUGACUGCAAGUGAUGAAGGUAAAAGAAAAUGGCUACCUUCGAACGCAUGUUGUUGACCAGGAAACGGGUGAUAAUAGCCGAGAAAUACAACGUUAUUCGCAAAAUCGGCGGUGGAAGCUUUGGGGAUAUCUUCUUAGCGAUAAACAUCCAUGAUGGAGAGGAGGUAGCAGUAAAAGUCGAAUCUAUAAAGGCGCGCCACCCGCAGCUCCUCUAUGAGAGCAGAGUGUAUAAGAUGCUCCAAGGGGGCAUCGGAAUACCACACAUAAGAUGGUACGGCUACGAGAAAGACCACAAUAUCCUCGUGAUGGACCUGCUCGGUCCGUCGCUGGAGGACCUCUUCAAUUUCUGCUCGCGCCAGUUCACCAUCAAGACGGUUCUCAUGCUUGCAGAUCAAAUGCUGGGCCGCGUGGAGUUCAUCCAUUGCAAGUGUUUCAUCCACCGUGACAUCAAACCAGACAACUUUCUGAUGGGCAUCGGCCGCCAUUGCAACAAGCUUUACAUGAUUGACUUCGGCCUCGCCAAAAAGUAUAGGGACCUGCGCACGAGAGCGCACAUCUCCUAUCGCGAGGACAAGAAUUUGACUGGUACGGCGCGUUACGCGUCGAUCAACGCUCACCUUGGCAUCGAACAGUCGCGGCGGGACGACAUGGAGUCGCUGGGCUAUGUACUUAUGUACUUUAACAGAGGUUCACUGCCGUGGCAAGGGCUUAAAGCCAUCACGAAAAAACAGAAGUACGAGCGCAUUAGCGAGAAGAAAAUGUCCACACCCGUCGAAGUGCUUUGCAAAGGAUUCCCGGCUGAGUUCGCGAUGUAUCUAAAUUAUUGCCGCGGUCUCACUUUCGACGAGCCGCCAGACUACAUGUAUCUCAGACAGUUGUUCCGUAUCCUGUUCCGCACGAUGAACUACCAAUACGACUACACGUUCGACUGGACGAUCCUCCGGCAGCACAAGCAGCACAAGCAGCACAUGGAGGGCGCGGCCGCCGCCGACCGCCGCUCGCCGUCCGUGCAGCGCCGCGCCAACCAGCCGCCGCAGCCGCCCAACAACAACGAGUGAAAGAAAUUACGGCGUUCGGCAGCCACGGGUGGUCCGGCUAAGAAGAGGGCGCGAUAGCGAGUGAAGUGUGUGUGUUUAUGUGACGUUGUGUCGGGAACCCGGACGCCGCGCGUGCGUCGCCUAAAAUUGGACUUUAAUACAGUGAUAGCUCGCCCUGAAAGUGGCGACACGACAUGAUAUGAACUAAAAUUAUUUAUGAAGCGACUAAGUCUUUGGUAAGUCAAUAGAUAUUUGUGUUUUUGUAAAUUAUUUGUUGCACAGAACAUUAUCCCGGCCUCGGAUCAAGCUGGUUUAGCCUAGGUUUAGUGUUUUCCGAUGAAACGUCGUGAGAAAACCUGGAUAUAAUGUGUAUCUAUGAUCCAAGUUAAGUUUGCAGUCGUUUGACUAGACUGUGGUCAUAGUAGAAUCCCAUUUAAUUCUCUGGGAAAACCAGCACAAACCGAUAAUCCUAAUUUCAAAUUUCAGCUAAAUAUUCUGGGCUACAUAUAUAUUUUUCCUUUUCCAUAAAAAAAAUCUGAUUUACAUCAAGUCGUGUCGCUAAUGUGUUUAUAUUAAUAUGGCGAUUAACACGCCAUGCAUUGAUUGAUUUGAAACCUUAUCAAUGUUCAAGGUUGAAGAAACCACUGCCCGAGAAGGGCUUGAAUAGACCUCUUGAUUUAACGGUCAAAGUGAAUUUCUAUGUCUAUCCGUAUGUCGGGUCGGCGGAUUCCAUUUACCUCCAAAUUCGUAACUAGCGAAGAGGUGUCAUGUAUGAAAUAACUCGCCGAUGUGUAGAGACCUUUAUACUCCAAUGUUUCCAACAUUCAUGCCAAAUUUGAUUUCCAAAUGUUAAGAGUUUUAAGUGGUUUCUGCGGGAAAACAACUUAAAACUGAUGUACUGUAGAAACUAGUCAUAAAACUAAAGGUUUUGGCGAAAUUUCAUCAAAAUCUUAUCAUUCGGAAAUAAAACUUGAGCAUACAAGUGUGUUACAGUGAACUUCGGUAAUGUAACUUUAUUUGUAGCAAAAACAGAGAUGACUAACGUAAGAUUUUCGUUACACAAAUUUUAUAUCAUUUAGGAUCCAUCAUUUAAUCAUUUUUUUUUCCGUUUUUAUUCAAUUCAAUGUAAUAAAUUAAUUGGUGUAACAUGUAAACUCGGUGGAAAUCCGUUGUAGUUGUAAUAUGAUUAGUUUUUGAUGUUAGUUUUCUAAUAAGUGCUGUCGAUUGGCUAAUAGGAUGUUAAUAAGAACAUUGUCAUGUCAACUUUUUAUUUAAAGAUGGAUGUCGUGAUUGAUGAGAUAAUGUUUCUAAACAGGUCUCUAUUUGAUUUCGUAUUGUGGCGCAAUCUACAAGGGAGAAUGUGAGACAGUAGCAAGUUGAACUACGUAUGUUUAAUUUUGAAGUAAAUUUUCACCAUUAGAAAUUAUAAAAGCAAUUCUCAAAGAUACUGUCUAAAUGCAUAUAUGUCAAAAAGUUCCCAAGGAACAGAUGUAUUAAACUUAAAUUAUAUUUACAAUAAGGAUUUUAAUUAAAUGGACAAAGAUUUAGAUAAAAUUUAAAUUUCAUAAUAAAAGUAGAUGAUGUUUUAUGUUUUAAAUUGGCGUCUUAUUGGUCGAUUGGUAUUAACUCCAUUAGAGGAAUAUUAAUAUAAGCGCCUAUUGUCCGCUCGGUCACACUAAUAUUGUAAUAUUUGCAUAGUGUGAGUGAGAGAGCAAUAGAUGCCCCCAUCUUUUUCUCUCCCAUUCUUUUGUGAUAGAUGUUAUUAUUAUAUGAAUUAAAUUGUUUUUUUCUAUCGAGCUACAGCAAUCUAUUGUAAAUAUACGGGAUUGCUUUAGCAAAUGUGACUAUCUCUUGAACGCUAUAAUAUGAUAUUUGUUUAAAAGUUCAUUAAAAAUUACUGAUUACUAAUGUAAGUAGGUUUUCUGUAAUAAAAGAGAAAAUGUAAAAAAAAAUGAAAAUGUUUAGUUGUAAAAUCUGAUUUCCGUUUCUUGGGAUAGCGUUAUCUGCGCGUCCCCAGCUAGAUAUAGGCUAUUUUUUUUAUUUCGGCAAACUAAAAGCGCAUAUAAAAUUGUACAUAAAUUAUCAUUAAGCGCAGGCAAUGCUACCCGAAGAAUGUCGGUACAUAUGUAUCGCGUAUUUUAAAAUAUAGAAAUAUUAUUAUAAUUGUAAAUAGAAAAGUGUUCAUUGUGUUUAUUUUUUUAAGGAACAGUAAAAUUUUUGGGUUAACUAAGCGACGGCGCCCCGGCACACUGCAAUAAAAUUCAUGUGAACUUGCACCGACCGGGUGGAUUUUUUGGGUGUUGUCAGUGUAGUGUAGGCAUGUGUCAAAUAAAUUAACUAAUCAAAUUCAAGUACGAUGAUUUAGAGCCUAAAAUAAAUGUUAAAGGGUAUGGGAAGUUACGCAAUGCGCAUAUUAGACGCGAAUUUAUUUAUAUGCACACGCCUUGAUUAACGUUGGAAGUACCAAAAAGCCUAGUGUUUUUUUUUUAACACAGAACAAAUUAUCCAAAUUCUUAUACGGCAAGCGUAACAGUUUUUAGUUUAAUUUGUUCAGAUAUUCUUCUUGUACACGCUGACAACACACAUAAUGUUUGGUAGACAAUAGUAUUUCGCUACAAUGCUUCCAGGAUUCGAGACAAGGAAAGCGGGGUGCCGCUUCUAUGUAUGUAAUUAAGUGUAUGUGAGUGAAUGGGGUUGUGAGGGUAGCCGGUCAAGAUUACUGCGCUGUGCUGUGCAUGGUUGAUUUAAUAGCUACAUACAUAUAUAGUUAGAAAUAACAAGCUUAAGGUACUAUUAGACGUAGACACCGCGUCCACAAAGUUUUUGUUAAGAUAUUUAACAAUUUGUCAGUAGAUUUUUUUUUACAAAGACAAACAGUGAAUGAAAUUAAUAAGGGUGGGUAGUUUGAAACUGAACGCGAUCGUGACAAAAACUCCAUAAGACAGUUUUUUUUAAAUAAUGGCAACACUUAUGCCAGUGUGCUGUGUACAGCACAGCACAGUAUUUCCAAACCCGAUUAGUCCACGUGUGUUUGAUCAAUUGGGGACAAAAUGUGUGAAAAGGCAUUGACAAUGGAAUUUGUGACCUAAUUUGUGAUAAAACAGAUCUCAUAUUCCUUUUUUUUACACAACAAUGUUGCGUGAAAACCGCAGGCGAGCAUAUUUUUGUCCCCGCUUGAAUGAGUUUACUCAAUGUAUGCACUUUUAACUUUAAAUUAAUAAAUAUUAAAUAAACAAUUA